AUGGCGGAAUCAACCUCACAUACCACCACCACCUCCUCCUCCUACACCGACACCGAGUCCUCAAUCUCGACCGGAAAUUAUGAUCCCUCCGAAUCCAUCCUACUCUCAUUUUACUGGUGGUCAUGCUCGACCGCAAAGAUAUUCUGGACAAAAACCUCAAAUAAAGACUCCAAGCUACUGCUCGGAUUCCAGCUAUGUCGUAUCAAGGUCACAAGAGACGUUCUCCUCGAGACAUUCCUGCUUCAUCUUGGACUGACAGCUGGAUUUGAAAGAUUCCAUGAUUCAAAGAUAACCGCCAAAACAAUCAGCGCUAGAAAGGCGACAAGGUCCAAUCUUGCAUUGCUUCUCACUUUUGACCUCAUGGUGAUGGCUGUACAUGACGCUUGA